GAAGAGAAAAGAAAAAGAAAGAAGAAAAGGAAGUGAGAGAGAGAGAGAGAGAGAGAGAGAGAGACAGAGAGUGAGAGAUAAAUCGUACGAAGAAGAUUCGAGGUAAAACUUCCUGCUGGGAAUGUUGAAGGACUCGCUUAUCGUUCGAGCAUCCUGCCAAGAGGUGGGGUUCCGGAUACUUAAAACGUGCGAACAGUGAUCGCCUCUAUGAAAUCUUUAAUCAGUACGCCACGCAAGAGAAGAAUGGCGAAAGGUUUAUGACCCCAUCUGAUUUUGUACGCAGUUAUCUUGGUCUUUACACAGAUGCUGAUUAUAAUCCUGAUUCCGUUAAUCUACUUGCUGGAAUUGUCGACACUAGCAAAGAUGGACUCAUAUCCUUUGCCGAGUUUCAAGCAUUUGAAGGCCUACUUUGCGUCCCAGAUGCAUUAUAUAAAACAGCAUUUCAAUUGUUUGAUACUAAUGGAAAUGGAAUGGUUACAUUUGACGAGUUCACUGAGGUGAUGCGUAAAACGGUUUUACAUCAAAGGAUGCCAUUUAACAUGGAUAGCAGUUUCAUCAAACUUUAUUUCGGCAAAGAUAAAGGCAGGCUCAUAAGUUACGCAGAAUUCAGUCAAUUCCUACAUGACUUUCAUGAGGAAUAUGCAACGGAAGCAUUCAAAAAAUUUGACAAAGAUGGAACGGGUUUUAUUUCGGCAAUAGAUUUUCAAGAUAUCAUGCUUAGUAUUAAAAGUCAUUUACUGACAAAGGAUGUAAAAGAUAACUUAAUACCUGCAGUCAGUACAGUACAAAGUGGACGGAAAGUAAGCUUCCCAUAUUUCAUGGCAUUCAAUUCGCUUCUAAAUAACAUGGAACUUAUAAAACGUAUUUACCUGAACGCGACCAAUGGUCAUAGAUAUCAAGAAGUUACCAAAGAGGAAUUUCUUCAUUCAGCACAAAUGAUGUCUCAAAUAACACCACUUGAGGUGGACAUCCUUUUUCAUCUAUGCCAUUUACUUCAUCAAACUGGAACUAUGGAAGAUGAUGAGGCAGAUUCGCGUUUUGGGAAAAUUGUAUACAAUGAUCUCGUGGCUAUUACUCCUGAGCAGUAUUUCAAGCAAAUAACAAAACGUCUUGCUGAGAUUAAGGCGGUGUCGAGCCCGGAGGAGCGCGGAGUUAUCGUUCAAAUUCUUGAGAGUGGAUACAGAUUUGUACUCGGAUCUAUUGGCGGAGCCGUUGGUGCUACCGUGGUGUACCCAAUCGACCUAGUGAAAACUCGAUUGCAGAAUCAAAGGACAGGAUCUUUCAUUGGGGAACUGAUGUACAGGAACAGCUUGGAUUGUUUAAGAAAGGUCAUGCGACACGAAGGCUUUUUUGGCCUUUAUCGUGGCUUAUUACCUCAAUUGAUGGGCGUAGCGCCGGAAAAAGCGAUCAAGCUUACGGUUAAUGAUUUCGUAAGAGAUAAGUUUAUGGACAAAAAUGGAAUUUUACCGGUUUAUGGUGAAAUUAUAUCCGGUGCUUGCGCUGGAGGAUCUCAGGUAAUUUUCACGAAUCCUUUGGAAAUCGUGAAAAUUAGGUUACAGGUUGCCGGAGAAAUUGCAGGUGGUACGAAAGUACGAGCAUGGUCUGUGGUUAAAGAAUUAGGUCUAUUUGGAUUAUACAAAGGUGCUAAAGCAUGCUUUUUAAGGGACGUACCAUUUAGCGCAAUUUACUUUCCAAUGUAUGCUCAUAUAAAAGCUAAACUGGCCGAUGAAGGAGGAUACAAUACACCAUUGUCACUUUUAUUUUCUGGCGCAAUUGCUGGUGUACCUGCGGCAGCGCUGGUUACUCCAGCAGAUGUAAUCAAAACUAGAUUACAGGUUGUUGCUAGAGCAGGUCAAACGACUUACACAGGUUUGCUCGAUUGCGCGAGAAAAGUUUAUAACGAGGAAGGUGCCAGAGCAUUCUGGAAAGGAGCUUCAGCACGAGUAUUCAGAUCCUCUCCGCAAUUUGGUGUCACACUUUUCACCUACGAGUUGCUGCAAAGGUUAUUUGUUGUUGACUUUGGAGGAUCUCGACCAACAGGGUCAGAACAAAGGGUUCCUGCUACAGGAUUGGUAGAUGAAAUACGAUCAUCAAAUCCAGAUCACAUAGGUGGCUACCAAAUAGCCUUGCCUGUUUUUAAAGGAAUAGAGAGCAAAUUUGGUCUAUGUCUACCCAGGUUCCAAACAGUGACUGUUCAACCUGACAUCAAAUCACACAAAACGCAGUAACAUUAUUAGCUAGAAGAUAUAAGCUUGUAGCAAAAUUCUGCUGCCAUAAUAGCAUACAAGUAUCAUUGGUUGUUUGGUUCCUUCUAAUUCCAAGAUUACUGAGCAAAAAAAAAAAAGAAAGAAAAAGAAA